AUGUGGCCCUUCCUCAGCCACGCUCUCUUCCCACCCCCGACCCAGGCCUGGCUGCAAAGGGCUUCCUCGGACCCUGAGGCCCAGGGCUGGGGGGCCUGGGGCAGGGCCGAGAAGCCCCCUCUGGAGCCAGGGAGUGGGGACAGGAAGGAGGGGGAGCCAGGGGAAGCGGAGAAUGACCCCGAAGAUGCAGGCUUCCCCCUGUCUCUCUUGGAGGGGGAGGAGCUGGCCGAGGACCCGGAACCUGACCAGGAGCUGGAGGCCAUCAAAGUGAAGCUGUGGGCCAUGGAACAGGCCCAAGGAGCGGAGCCGCCUGGGGCGCAGGGCCAGGCGGGACGGGAGGAGGGCGCCGGGGCCACACCGGCCAGGCAGCUGCUGAGCCCCGAGGCAGGUUGCACCUGCCCUGGGCCCCCCGUGGAGCAGCUGGAGUCCGACCACAGAUCCGUCUAUGUGGGGAAUGUGGACUAUGGGGGCACAGCUGAGGAGCUAGAAGCCUACUUCAACUCCUGCGGGGAGGUUCACCGGGUCACCAUCCUAUGCGACAAGUUCUCUGGACACCCCAAGGGCUACGCCUACAUAGAGUUUGCUGCCGAGAGCUCAGCCCAGGCCGCGGUGGCGUUGGACAAGAGCAUCUUCCGAGGCCGAGUCAUCAAGGUGCUGCCCAAAAGGACCAACUUGCCGGGGAUCAGCUCUACCGACCGCGGGGGCUUCCGAGGACAGCCAGGCGCCAGAGGAGGACCGUUCCCCCGCAGCAGCCUCCAGGGCGGGGCCCGCUUCAGACCUCGGGGGCGAAACCGGGGCCGUGGACGGUUUUCACCUUGGUAUUCACCGUAUUGA